UUCAAACCGAGGAGACAGAAAAGUGGGGAACGGCGCUGGGAGCGUCUGCAGUGAUGCCUGUGACGUCUGAAGAUGUCUUCAGAUACUGAAUGAAGUGAGGAAAGUCAGCCACUGAUGGGACAGAAAGACUCCUGUUGCUAUAAAGAGAGGAGAGAGGAGAGAGAGAGGGUCAGAGAAGCUAGGGCAGUGGUUGCAUUUGGGGGUCUCUGUCUCUUUAAGCUGGCCGUUCUUCACUGCGGAGUGUGUGGGUGCUGCAGCAGAGACAGAGGGAGAGACGAAGAGAGGAUGAGAGAGCAGCGGUGAGAGAAGCAGCAGGACGACAGAGGAACAAGUUGUACCGCAGAGAUUUGGGGCUCGUGUCCUCACGCUGAGGGUUGAAGACGACUGUUUUCAGGGGUAGACCCGAGGAGGACAGUGUAGGGCGAGAAGAGGGGGUUGAGCACUGGGGAGGGUGUGAGAAGUACAGGUGGAGGGGUGGCAGAGCGUGUGGAGAGGGGGCUGUUUAUUCGGAGCGUGGCACCGGUGGCAGAGUGGCUGCGCUGGGAUGGCAGAGGGGGGCAGUGGGGGGGCUGGCGCUGGUGCAGUCCUCAGAGAGAGAGGGGCGGCCGGCGGCAGGACAGGAGGUCCUCCAGCGAGGGUUACGCACACAGGACGGUGCCUGCCGGAUGGUGCCACCAUGUUCCAUCCAUGGCACAGAUAGCACCUCCCGUCCCAGGGCAGGAGGAGGCAAAGGGGGAGGCAGCAGCUGGAGUUGGGGCUGGGGGAGCAGAGCGCGUUAGGGUGGGCAGGACAUUUCUCGGCCAGGUUUCACUGUGUCUAGAGGAGGUGACGGGUGAAUCGGAAGGGGAGGCUGGCAGCGCCUGCUUCGGUCACGUGUCGCGGCGGCUAGGGCGGCUGCUGAAGAGGCUGCCCAAGUCUCGCUCCUGGAGCGACAGCUUGCGAAUCCUCCGGCGAUCAUCCUCCAAUGGAUCUCUGCUUAACAACUCAGACUGCAGCUACACAUGUCACCUGGAGUGUAAAAGUAAAGUACAGAUUGACUGCAACAAGAGGGACAGAGAGCCCGAGGAAGCUCCUUCUCCCAGACGGCACAGCUCCUCCACAGCCUCUCAGUUCAGGCAGAAUGCAGCAAAGGAAGAAGAGAAGGGAGCGACAAAAGACCUAUCAGUGGAAGAAGUGCGGGCCAGGAUUGAAGCGUAUAACGCUCAAGUCACAGAAAAUGGAAUGAAAUUGGCUUCAGACGGCUCAUACACAGGCUUCAUUAAAGUCCACCUGAGGCUCAAUCGACCAGUCACCGUCCAUGGCGUGGACCCGUCAGCCUCAGAGGGUGCGUCCAAGCAGGUCAGCGACCGCCUCCAAGCUCCGCCGAAGGAGCAGGAAGCUACAGACUCUGAGCAUUCAGAGAAGAGAACGUCCUUCUAUCUACCAAGCGACAGUGUGAAGCAGCUCCACAUCAGCUCUCAAACCACCACAGGAGAGGUCAUCAAGGGCUUGCUGAAGAAGUUCAUGGUGUUGGACGAUCCACGCAAGUUUGCGUUGUACAGGCAGACGCACCGCGAUGGACAGGACCUCUUCCAGAAGCUUCCUCUCUCUGACCACCCUCUUCUUCUAAGGUUGAUUGCGGGACCAGAUCCAGAGCAGCUCAGCUUUGUGCUUAAGGAAAAUCAGACCGGAGAAGUAGAGUGGCAUGCAUUCUCUGUCCCCGAGCUUCAAAACUUCCUGGUCAUCCUUCAGAAAGAGGAGGCGGAGCGCAUUAGAGCAGUGGAGCAAAAAUACACUGUUUACCGAAAGAAACUACAGCAGGCCCUUCAACAACAUACCCCCUGACCCCCGUCACACAUAACGUCAUGGCUUUAACCCAGGGAGAGACUGACCCUUUGAACUCCGACACCUUCGAGAUCUAUUCGCAGAGCAGAGCCCGAACUAGCUUUUCUUGGAGCUCCAGAUAUACACGCGGACGUGCACACAUGUUCACACGUGGUUGCAUAGCCUUUCUCAGGACGCAUAUGAGCCCCUCUCACCGCCACCACAACCCCUCAUACGUCGCCUCCUUGUGAAGGGGAUCGGGAGUCGAAAGCGUUGUAAAAAGCUACAGAGUGUGUGUUGUCUUCUAGCUGAUGGGACAAAUAGUGCCAAGGACGCUUGCACACACACACACAUACACACAGAAAGAUCUGUACUGUAACUCAACUCGAGUUGAGACUGAUAGAUUUUCAUAAUAAGUGGUGUUUGUAAAGAUUCCCUCUUCUUCUGCUACCGCUGCUGCUGCUGCUGCUACUGCAAGUGUUACUUAUGCAUGAGUCUGAGCUCAUCUUCCCUGCACAUAGACUUAGGAUUAGAACAGUAGGCAUGAUUACUUUUUUUCUGCAUCAUGCAGGGAUGGAAGGACAAUCAUACUGUGUUGUACCUGGAAAUGAUAUAUCAGUUAUCAGCAGAUGUGCUAUUUUAUCUCUCUGGAGUUCUAAGGGAGGUAUUUAGGGUGGGAGUUGAAGUACUGGCAACCCGUGCUUCUCCUUAGAAAAUGUUUUCUUAAGGAGUUUCGAAAUCUCAGAACAGGUAUAAGAAAGCGAGAUCCAUUCUGGGCUUUUUCUCAGGGAGCAUGAAUUGGGAACAGAGAAAAGCUAAAGGAGGAAAAAGAUAGCCCUGUUCCACGUAGAACAAGCUCGUUUUAGCCCCUGCUUAUCUGUUCUUAUUUGCUAAAUUCAGUCAGUGCUUCUUCAGCCACACCCAGUUGGCACCCUUCUCCAUGCUCCUGCAAAACAUACACAUAAUCCAGACAUGUUCCAAGAUGAUAACUGUCAUAUAAUUUCCAUUUCCCCUCUCACUUUAAUCGCAAUCAAACUUGCAUGAAUUCCACUUGCAAACUGCAUGAACCCCACCUGCGGAGAAAAGCCUGCCGAGGGAGGUGAACCACAAACCUUUAUCGACACACUUUAUGUACACUGAUGGAGUUGUAUAUUAAAUGUUACAGGACUUUGAUGCCAAAGCUUAGAGAGGGGGCACAUCUGCCGAGAGUGAUUAAAGCGAUUACAGACAAAAGUUUGUUGAAUUAAAGGUGGUGUAUGUGAGGAAAACUGAUUCUGUUUUGCACAUUUACAGUAGACGCAGGUUAAUGAUGGUCCAAACAUCUGGGGCUGGGCAUGCGUUUAGGUUUUCUUGAAUCUACCUGCCUUCCAACCUAAAAAAAAAAAA